CGUCCGGAACCCGCCGUGCCGCUGCCGUCCCCGUCCCCGGAGUCACAGUCACUGUCGCCUCCGCCCCCGUCUCGUUCCCUCCACAGGCGCGGAGCCCAGCGACCUCCGCGCGGGCGCCAGGGCGCGCAGACAUGGGCAGCCGCUCCAGAGCGCGCCAGGUGGCCGCGGCGCUGGGCUUCGUUGGGCUGCUCUUAGCUGCACUGGGCGCUGUUAUGAUCGUGAUGGUGCCCUCGAUCAUCAAGCAGCAGGUCCUCAAGAAUGUGCGCAUCGACCCCAGCAGCCUGUCCUUCAACAUGUGGAAGGAGAUCCCUGUCCCUUUCUACCUCUCCGUCUACUUCUUUGAUGUCAUCAACCCCAACGAGAUCCUCCAGGGCCAGAAGCCACAGGUGCGGGAGCGCGGGCCCUACGUGUACAGGGAGUUCAGGCACAAGAGCAACAUCACCUUCAACGACAACGACACAGUGUCCUUCCUCGAGUACCGCAGUUACCAGUUCCAGCCUCACAAGUCCCGCGGCCUGGAGAGUGACUACAUCGUCAUACCCAACAUCCUGGUCCUGAGCGCGUCAGUGAUGAUGGAGGAUAGGCCCAUGAGCCUGAAGCUGAUCAUGACCUUUGCAUUCAGUGCCCUUGGCGAGCGCGCCUUCGUGAACCGCACUGUUGGUGAGAUUAUGUGGGGCUACGAGGACCCCCUCAUACAUCUCAUCAAUAAGUACUUCCCCAACAUGUUCCCCUUCAAGGGCAAGUUCGGGUUAUUUGCUGAGCUCAACAACUCCGAUUCCGGGCUCUUCACCGUGUUCACAGGGGUCAAAGACUUCAGCAGGAUCCACCUUGUAGACAAGUGGAAUGGGCUCAGCAAGGUCAACUUCUGGCAUUCCGAUCAGUGCAACAUGAUUAAUGGAACUUCCGGGCAGAUGUGGGCACCAUUUAUGACUCCUGAAUCCUCUCUGGAGUUCUACAGCCCCGAGGCCUGCCGGUCCAUGAAGCUCAUCUACAAGGAGCAGGGGGUGUUUGAAGGCAUCCCCACCUUUCGUUUCGUGGCUCCCAACACCUUAUUCGCCAAUGGCUCUGUCUACCCACCCAAUGAGGGCUUUUGCCCGUGCAUGGAGUCUGGAAUUCAGAAUGUUAGCACCUGCAGGUUCAAUGCACCCUUGUUUCUCUCCCAUCCUCACUUCUACAAUGCUGACCCAGUUCUGGCAGAGGCAGUGUCUGGCCUCCACCCUAACACAGAAGAGCAUUCCUUGUUCCUGGACAUUCAUCCGGUCACCGGGAUCCCUAUGAACUGCUCUGUGAAGCUUCAGCUGAGUCUCUACAUUAAGUCUGUGAAAGGCAUUGGACAAACCGGGAAGAUUGAACCGGUGGUCCUGCCGCUGCUGUGGUUUGCAGAGAGCGGGGCAAUGGAGGGGGAGACCCUUCAGACAUUCUACACUCAGCUGGUGUUGAUGCCCAAGGUGCUGCACUAUGCCCAGUACGUGCUCCUUGCUCUGGGCUGCGUCCUGCUGUUCAUCCCCAUCGUCUACCAGAUCCGGAGCCAAGAGAAAUGCUAUUUAUUUUGGAGUAGUAGUAAAAAGGGCUCAAAGGAUAAGGAGGCCAUUCAGGCCUAUUCUGAAUCCCUGAUGACACCAGCUCCCAAGGGAACUGUACUGCAAGAAGCAAGACUGUAGGGUCCCAAGGAUGCCGAGAGCCAGCCCAGCCUGGCCCCUCAGUCAGACCAGCUUCCCAGCCCCUACACCCCACUUCUUCAGGACUCUCUCAGCGGACAGCCCACCAGUCCCCAAAUCUGAGCCCUCCCACCUCCCGUUGCCACAUGCGUGUCACACACUGCACACCCCCCAGUACAUGUUCUCACGUGUGCACAUGUAUGCAGACACACUCAGGGAUGGAGCUGCUGCUGAGGGGACCUGGGGAGAGUCUUGACAACAAAGAGUGUUCUGGAACCUUCUCUUGGAGUGAUCCACAUGCCUGCCCACAAGUGCUAUGGGCACGGGACCCCCUCCUUUGGGUGAGCGAGCCGGGGCGCUUGACAACUCUGACUGCCUCUCCCCAGCUGCCUCCAUCAGUCUUGAACCACUGCAGCCCCUGCCUGGGGGUUCUUCCAGGCAGGACGGGGCCUUUACUCCAAGGGGCCAGCCAUAGUCCUGAAACCCAGCCUGGGAGCACAGACUUCUUGUGCCGCAGCCAGCUGGGUAGGGGGCUGUGCCAGACCUAAACCCAGAGCUUUGCCUGCUGGAAAACUGGGCCUCAGAAACUGAGAUGCACUUGACCGUGUCUUCACCCCUGCAGGGUCUCUCUGAAAUCUCUACAGGGGCUGGGUUUGGGUGUCCGGGGCUCCUCCCUCCAGCCUAAACUGACAGCAUCCUGUGUUCUGAGCCGGCCACUCCCUGGUGGGGGUGGUGGGAGGCUGUAUCCCAGGUCGCCACACCUCCACAACCAGGACCCUUGGUGCCCAGGUAGAGGUGGAGAGGCCCCAGGCCACCAGCCUGGGUGUCUGGUCAGGUGGGAGACCUGUCUGCCCCACCCCCCCGGGCUUCUGGUCUUGGGGCAAGCCUCUGUCUCUUUUCUACUGGAAGAGAAAUGAAUUUAUCAUCUUUAAAAAAUAAUAUACAAUUGAAGUAAUAAACCUUUAAAAAAAAGUGAA